CCCGGCUGCCCUGACCGGGACUACGGCCACCUUGGGGCGGAAGCCAGAGUGGAUUUUCCAAACAAGAAGGCAAAGGCGGGACCCGCACCGGGUGUGAAAGUCACAAAUGUCGUCAAGUGAUGGAAGGUCCAGGAUUCGGGACGGGGGCUAUAGUGAGGUUCCCAGGGACACGCCUGGGCCAGAUGGUACCUUAAGAACCCUCCAGUCUCUUCACAGCAGUGAGCUGGCUGUGAGCGCAGAUCCACUGCCGCCUCCCCCUCUCCCGUUACAGCCACCAUUCGGUCCCAGCUUCUACUCAGGUGACACAGAGGAACCGGCCGUGGCACCAGACCUCAAGCCGGUAAGACGCUUUGUUCCCGACUCCUGGAAGAACUUCUUCAGAGGGAAGAAAAGGGACCCAGAAUGGGAUAAGCAGGUGUCAGAUAUCAGAUACAUCUCCGAGGGUGUGGAGUGUUCGCCUCCAGCCUCUCCAUCGAGACCAAACCACCACCCACCCAACUCUUACAAAGAUCCUUCUGGAGGGUCACAAGGCACCUUUAACUCCCAGCAAGAGGCGGACGCCAUGUUUCCCCACGACCCCUAUGCGUCCUUAGACCGGCGCACACAGACGGCGCGGACGUACAGUGAGAAGGUAGAGGAAUACCAUCUGCGCUAUGCCUACAUGAAGUCGUGGGCAGGCCUGCUGCGGAUCCUGGGUGUGGUGGAACUGCUGCUAGGGGCCGGCGUCUUUGCGUGUGUCACCGCGUACAUCCACAAGGACAACGAGUGGUACAACUUGUUUGGCUACACACAGUCCUAUGGCAUGGGAGGGCUCGGUAAUACGUAUGGGGGUUAUUACUACAGUGGCCCCAAGACCCCCUUUGUACUCGUGGUGGCCGGAUUGGCUUGGAUCGCCACGAUUAUCAUUCUGGUGCUUGGCAUGUCCAUGUAUUACCGCACCAUUCUUCUGGACUCUAACUGGUGGCCCCUGACUGAGUUUGGAGUUAACGUUGCCUUGUUUAUCCUGUACAUGGCAGCAGCCAUAGUCUAUGUGAAUGACACCAACCGAGGCGGACUCUGCUAUUACCCGUUAUUUAAUACGCCCUUGAAUGCGGUGUUCUGCCGCGUGGAAGGAGGCCAGAUAGCUGCGAUGAUCUUCCUGUUUGUCACCAUGAUAGUUUAUCUUGUCAGCGCCCUGGUCUGCCUAAAGCUGUGGAGGCACGAAGCGGCUCGCAGACAUCGGGAGUUCUUAGAGCAGCAGGAGAUAAACGAUCCAUCGUUGUCAUCAAAAAGGAGAAUGUGUGAAGUGGCCGCCAGUGACCGACAGAGAGGCCAAGAAGUUAAUGGCAAAGAGUUGAGAACUACAACGAAAGUGACUCCCGAGCUCCUGAGCGGACACAUCCCUCCCGGCCACAUUCCUAAGCCCAUCGUAAUGCCUGACUACGUGGCAAAAUAUCCUGCGAUUCAGACGGAUGAUGACCGAGAACGCUAUAAGGCUGUGUUCCAAGACCAGUUUUCAGAGUACAAAGAGCUGUCUGCGGAAGUGCAGGCCAUCCUGAGGAAGUUUGCCGAGCUGGACGCAGUGAUGAGCAGGCUUCCACAACAUUCUGAAAACCGCCAGGAACACGAGAGAAUUUCAAGAAUUCAUGAAGAGUUUAGGAAAAAGAAGAAUGACCCUUCAUUUCUGGAAAAAAAGGAGCGUUGUGAUUACCUCAAGAACAAACUUUCUCACAUAAAGCAAAGAAUUCAAGAAUAUGAUAAAGUGAUGAAUUGGGAUACGCAAGGUUAUCCCUAGACACUGCCUGCUCUGCCUCUGUGUGUCGGUCUCCUGGGUGAGAGUCAGGCACUUCCAGGUCAUCUAAACAUAUCCUAGAUAAAACGGUGUGAUUCUACUCAAACAUUUCAAGCCAGUUUCAAAGCCAUAAGGGCCUUUACUGAGAUGAGAGAGACAGUGUAUUCAGCUGUGUACAGUUUACCGUUUUUCUCAUUAACAAGGACUUGAAGCCAAGAUCAGUUGUCACACUCUGUGAUCUUGGGCAAGUUGCUCGAUCCUCUGUGCCUGUUUCUUCUGUAAAACAGUACCUACCUCAUAGGGCAGUUAGGAGACCACACACACUCAUCUUUAUUUCUCAAGCAUCCCGAACACAGCCUGCCGCUACAGAAGAACCGCCUUCGUUCGUGUGGGGCGUGCUGUGGGGGUGUUGAUGGGAUGGACGAGUCUCAAGAAGCAGUCCUCAGUGAGCAAGCGUCCACAGCUAACCAAAGGUGGUGUCCCAUGAUGCCCCUGUGCCUUUUGCCGUUAGCACGCGUAGCCUCAAGUGGGCGUUUGACUGUUGCCUAUGACCUGUUAUGGCCCCUCACGGCCUCCAUGUCUGUUAUCAGGGUCUCUAUGCAUAUAUCUCCACGGCCCAUGGCCCAUGCCGUGUGCACUUGAGAGUGACGCCCUCCAGUUUACUCGGAUUCCCUCCUGUGAUUCAUUGCCACACCAAACCCCAGCAGAAUCUGUGUGACAGUUUCUGCCCACCACAGCUUCCAGUCAGACAAUUGACCAAUCAAUGCCCAAAGGGUUUUACAAAGUAGUGAAACCAAAGUAAUGGAUGGAGCUGGCAGAGGCCUGGAAAGUUCUGGCUGCUGAUGACCUGGUUUGUAUUUUUUUGUUUUGGUUUGGUUUUUUUGUCAGUGAAACUGACAGUCCUCUUGCAGACUAACUUUUGUACUGAGACCUUGUCUCAGAACAUGAAACAAAUAAAAAUAAAGAAAGGAGGAGAGGAAAAUAAAUAAAUAAAUAAAUAAAUAAAUAAAUAAAUAAAUAAAUAAAUAAAAUAUGGUAGUGUAUGCACACCAUCCUAAUACUCAGGAGCUGAGGCAGGAGGAUGUUAAGUUCAAAGCCAGCCUGGGCUUCAGAGCAAGCUCCCCCCCCCCCCCUUAAUGUAAGGUAUUGCCAUUUUGUACAUUUAAAAAGUUUAGGUUAGCAUUAAAAUUAAAUGUCAAAGACAUUUAACUUUGUGAGACUUUAUUUUACUACAGUUGUAAACACUAAUCUUUUAAGACCGAUGCUGCAGCACUGAUUUUUUUUAUUUAAUGUUGUAUCA